GCGCCCCGGGGUACAACAGUCAGCAGGCGCCUGAUUGGCCAGGCCGGCCCACGUGACCAGUAACAAGUUGUGGGAGGGAGUUUCGCCCCCGUCAGCAGUGAGCUCAGCCCCGCCCCCUGGCGGCGUAUAGAUGCAACGCUGUGUCUCACACACAGGAGUCACAAUCGGGGGGCGAAGCGAGAGGAGGACACCCAAGCGCCUCACACCGGAGCCACGGGGACCUACUAGGGCUUUGUGGUGACACGGUAAAGAGCUCACGGGAUUACACGGCGCCGCCAGGUGAAGCCCACUCGCUCUAAUUGUUAGCUAUCAAAGAAGAAGGUAGAGCGGAGAUCCGGUCAGGACAACCCGGCUGUGGCCUCAAGCCUAAAACCGUAGAAGACAUGGCUCAGGAGACAAAUCAGACACCAGGCCCUAUGCUGUGCAAUACAGGAUGUGGCUUUUAUGGAAACCCUAGAACAAAUGGAAUGUGUUCCGUGUGCUAUAAAGAACAUCUUCAAAGACAGAACAGUGGUAGAAUCAGCCCAAUGGGAGCAGCCAGUGGUUCUAAUAGUCCGACCGCAGAAUCUGCAUCUAUACAGAGAGUAGAAACUGCACUGAACAACUGUGAGAGUGAUGCUGGCAGCCCUUCGGACAAAUCCAGAAAUGUGGCUGCUUUACCUGUAACACAGCAAAUGACAGAAAUGAGCAUUUCAAGAGAAGAUAAUGUGACGUCUCCAAAAACAGAAUCCUCAGAACCAGUUGUGACUCAGCCAAGUCCUUCAGUAUCUCAGCCCAGUACAUCUCAAAAUGAGGAGAAAACUCCCGAACUCCCCAAACCAAAGAAGAACAGGUGUUUCAUGUGCAGGAAGAAGAUUGGUCUUACAGGUUUUGACUGCCGUUGUGGGAAUCUGUUUUGUGGACUUCAUCGCUACUCUGACAAGCACAACUGCCCCUAUGAUUAUAAAGCAGAGGCUGCAGCAAAAAUAAGGAAAGAAAACCCUGUUGUUGUGGCAGAAAAAAUACAGAGAAUAUAAAACUACAAUUUGUGAAGACUGACUUUAUUUUUAUUUUUCUUCUUCUCUUGGUUCUGAUUUUAAUAUAUCCUAGGAAAACAUUAAGGAGCAGAUGCAUGUUUCUUUCAAAUGUUAAACAUUUUUUUUGUGAUGUCUACGAUUUUUUUUCUCUAUUUUAGGAUGUUUUGAGUGUUACAGGCAAAAUUGAAUGAAUAGGUGAUACAGCCCUUCUUUUACACACACACAUAUAUAUAUAUUUUUUUUUUUCCGUUUUGUGUUCCUGAGCUCUCAGAACUUGGAUGGAUCAGCAAUGGUUUUACACCUUUUUGUAGUUGAAUGAAUAUUUGGUUGAGAAAAUGUUAACUUGCGAAUGUGCCAAACUUAAGGCCUAAAAUCUGCAUGCCUGCGACAGAUGGCUAGUAUUCUGUCUGUACUGUAUAGCAGGCUUGCUGGAAGGACUCGGGUGUGUUCACCAUAGCUGCAUUUUAUUCCCCCCUGCCCUUGUAACUUUUUAUUUUAUUUUAUUUUUUUGUUCAAUGACGCAGUGUGCCAGCCUUUUUCCACCAUUCGUAUUGACACAGACUCUACAGAGCAUAAUUGCAUUCAUGUCCAUAUGAUUCAUUACAUUUCCUUUUCAGUUUUCUUGAACUGCAUUUAAAACAAGCAAUACAAGGAAGAGUUCACACUGUUCUGUUAAAGGGGUACUCCGGUGGAAACCUUUUUUUUAUUUUUUUAUAUUUUUUUUGUUAAAUGAACGGAUGCCAGAAAGUUAAACAGAUUUGUAAAUUAUUUUUAUUAGAAAAUCUUAAGCCUUCAGUACUUUUCUUUUUAGCAGCUGUAUGCUACAGAGGAAAAUUUUCUCUUUGAACUUAUUUUUUUGUCUUUGCCAUAGUGCUCUCUGCUGACACCUCUGUCCGUGUCAGGAACUGUCCAGAGCAGCAUUAGGUUUGCUAUGGGGAUUUUCUCCUGCUCUGGACAGUUCCUGAUACAGGCAUCAGGUUUCAGCAGGGAGCACUGUGGUCAAGGCAAAAGAAAUUCAAAAAGAAAAUUUCCUUUUGUAGCAUACAGCUGCUAAAAAGUACUGGAAGGGUAUAUUUUUAAAUAGAAGUAAUUUACAAAUCUGUUUAUCUUUCUGGCACCAGUUGAUUUAAAAAAAAAACAUUCCACCGGAGUCCCCCUUUAAGUAUACAGCCCCUACACUGUAUGUGGUGCUGGAUUUCAUUCUUUAAUUUGUCCAUCAAUUCACUGGUUACUAUUUCUGUGGAGUGGAUGAUUAUUUAUGAUUUUUUUUUUUCUGCAUUGAAUUUCACUUUUUACAAUCUUUCACAUAUAUUAUGGCAUGUGAAAUGUCACAGCUGGUCUGGUGCACUCACAACCUAAUCCUGCAGGGUUUUAAUGUAUUGUAUUUAUUGUGAACCCUACAGUGCCUUUUCUAUUUGUGGUUACACUGAAUGUCACCAGAAAUUCAGAAUUUUACAGGUUAAUCCCAAUAAACCUGGCCCAUAGUUUCAAUCCCAUUAAACAAACUUUUUAUUUUUAGUUUGCUGUGCGCACAUGCGUUUUUUUUUUUUUUUUUUUUUUUUUGUUUCCCCCCUCCCUCUUCCCUUGGAUUUAGUAAGGUAAUCUAAUGGCUUUUUGCCCAUUACUGGAGGUUUUACAAUGUGAUUCACUUGCACAGACUUGCAUGAAAACCAUACCUUACUUGGCUGCUGUAGAACUAUUUUGUUGUAGAGGGUUGAGGUGUGUUGUUAAUGUUAGUUCUUCCAUGAGUGCUACCAGGAACCACGAUAAGAGGGGCUGCUCACAUUUAUAGUUUUCAAUUGUUACUUGGGUGUAAGACUGUAAUUUUCUUGGUUUUACUGCAUGGGCUGCAUUAUCUACAGCUUUGUACAAAAACUACUCUAGAAAAGACAGUAAACUUCACUGAUGCUUGUCUGGUAAUAUCACUUCUGUGUUAUAAUGGAAGGUUUGUAUGAGCCUUUUUUAUUUUAUUUUAUUUUUUCCUCCUUUUUAGAUGAGUCCUUUUUUAGAGUAGUGUUGUGGUAUUGCCUGUUCUCAUCUGUAAAUAGUUUGUAUGAUCCUCAGCCUCACUUUAAGAUUUUAUUUGUGUUCUGCCCUGAACUCAUUUUACUCCUCCCUAGCAUCAUAUUUGUUUUUCUGUUUUUCUUUUAAUUUUUGCUUUCAAACUUGUAUUUCUGUUCUGAGUUACUAGAUAUGCAAAUGUGUACAGAUAGUUCAUAUUUAUGUAUUGCACAUACUCAUGCUAUAUUGUAUUAUGUAAAUAAUAAAAAUUAUGUACAGAGGGAA